AUGUCGAUACAAACUUUUAAUGAAAAAACGAAGUCACCACUGUCUUCGGGACUUAAGAAUUACAUUGCUGAACGACAAAUUGAACUGCCUUUAAAAAUAAUAGGCGCAAUUUUGGUUUCUUAUUUUUUGGCUCCAGACCCACAAAAUCCUUUUUCAAAGUUCCUUUUUAUCUCAUACCCUAUAUACAAAUCUGAAUCUGAUGGGUCAGUUCUUUAUGGAAAAGGAUAUUGGGAUUUGGCUUACAUUGCUUUUUGGGUGGUAAAUUUUACUUUAAUCAGAGAGUGUAUUAUGUGGUACAUAUUAAGACCUUUGGCAAUAUGGGGUGGAAUUAAAAGCUCAAGAAAAAUAAACAGAUUUAUGGAGCAAGGUUAUGUUACUAUAUAUUAUAUCAUAGCUGCCUCGUUUGGUUUGAUUAUAAUGAACAAUAGUCCAUACUCGUUUUAUGAAACAAGACACCUUUGGAUUGGUUAUCCUCAUUAUAAAAUGACAUAUCUUUUAAAGUCUUAUUACCUCAUUCAAUUCUCUUUUUGGCUUCAACAAAUUGUGGUCUUAGUCCUGCAACUUGAGAAACCUCGUAAAGACCUUUUACAAUUAAUUGCUCAUCAUAUUAUCACUAUUUUGUUGAUUGGUGGUAGUUACAUAUCAAAUUUUACAAGAACUGGAAAUACAGUAUUUAUUACAAUGGAUGCUUCGGAUAUUUGGUUAGGGCUGUCAAAAUGUUUGAAAUACUUGUCUUUUCCUGGUUACGUUACCAACGCAAUGUUUAUAUUUUUCAUGAUAAUAUGGAUAUACAAUCGACAUUAUUUAUAUGGGAUAAUCACCUAUGCUCUUUGGGCUGAUUCCUGUCUUCCUGAAAACAACGAGUGUAUUUGGGAUCCGUUAAAUGGAUAUUGGCUUACAUGGUGGUCAAAAUAUAUUAUUUUACUAGGAAUGACUCUUUUACAAAUCUUAAUGAUUUAUUGGUUUACUCUUAUCUUGAAAAUUGUGUGGAAAGUUAUUAAUGGGAAAAAUGCCGAAGAUACUAGAAGUGAUACUGAAAAGUAA